GAGGCAGUGGUUGCAACUUGGUGGCAGCAGAGGAAUGGCUGAAUAAACAAACAUGUGUAGUGGAGUAAGGUAGUAGCAGUGUGUUCCGAGUGAUUGGAAAGUGUACGUCUGCUUCCAACUGGAGGUCCGUCUGUCAGUGGGUCGGGACAGUGCUGAGACCGGGAUAUGCUGGAAUGGAUCAGUAUACAAACAUGUGUAACAGUGUAUUCGGCUUGUGUGUAGAUUGAUUGGAACUGUAUACCUUUCGGCAUACGACUGCGGAGAUAACCCGUCCUGAGAAUAGGAGCAGGUUUUUACAAUAGAAGAUCAAGUGAUGGAUUUUAGUGGGAUGCCUUCAGGAUUCGUUUAAAGGAUGGAUGAUUAUUGUGUGGAAUGCUAUCAUUGUGGAUGGUGACAGUGUUAUGCAACAGCUGUUAUUUACCCGGUUGGAUCAUGAUGACAUAAAUGUAGGUAUCACAAUAUUUGGAUGGAAGAGAGAUAUAUUUAUACCAAAUCUAAAUGUGUUUAUAAAAUAAUUGAUUAAAUAGAAAAUCUAUUUUAUCAGAAGACUCAUUCACAAAAAAUAACAAAACUGUAUAUAUAUUCAUGGGAUAUUAUAGAAUAUUCAUGUCUGCAUCGCUUUCAGGAUUGUUAUGUAGUCAUUUUGGCGACAAUUUCAUGGGAUUUGUUAAGAGCCUUUGUACAAUACUGACAUGUCACCAGUUGAUUUGAAGAUACAGCUCCAGGCUGAAUCAAAUGAAAUGGAUCUGGCAAGUGACAUAUGAACUUCUGAUACGAAAUAUGUGACAUGCUGUCAGGCAUGUGUUUCAUGUGAUCCAUUCCUUGAUAUUUAUGCCAAAAUCAAAUGUAUUACACCAUCUGCUCAGUGCGGUUCUAGGGUAUAUUUCUCCACCAGACCUGGAUUGUUUGUCAAUGGAUUACAUAGUCAGCGAUGCCAAUUUCCAGAUCAGCCUUGUCGGUUAGACAAACACAUGUUGGAUUCCUCAAAAUAGGCACCAUUGGUGAUUGGAAAGGUGCUCUGUGUUUAAUAGAUGGUCUGUGAGUUAAUGAACGAUACAUGUACAAAUGAAAUGAAUGUUUUAUUGAAUAAGCACAUGGAACCGUUUUACCAGGAAUUAUCAGACAGGUUACACUUUGGCGCUGAUGGAGUCAUUUCAGAACUGAGUCUUAAGCAAGUGGUUGGGUUGUUGAAUAUUCUGAAAUGGUAAACAACUGCAUGGUAUCCAGUCAACCCUACUUCAAUCUCUGAUGAGCGAUCCCUUCAUAUUGAUGUGUCUACUGACAUUUGUUAUGCUAGGCAAUCCUUUCGUAUUACCAGGAUGUUGUUUGCAAUAAUAUAUGUAUAUAUGGACGGGAACUGGCUAGUGGCUAAUUGGCCAGUGGAGCACUUCUUUUGACCGGAGAGUUAUUGGAAUCACUUCUCAAUGGAUACAAGCCACGCUUCAAGGAUGUGAGAAGUGGAUGGUGAUUUCAGAACGUAUUAUGGAAGAAGAGAUUAUGUUAUCGGAUGAUGGAUUCAGGAUUGGAUUUGUACCAGAGUUUUUUCGGGCUCGUGGAUUAGGAUAGGAUUUGGAUACGGAUAAUCUAUAGUCAUGGCAACAGGUACUGUGGCCCCACCAAGGAUGACACGGAUACCUGUCCCGGCAAGCAAGCAGGGUCAUGGGUCAUCAUCGUCUUUUAUUCAGUCCAAGAAUAGACUUAUGAUCUAUACAGAUUGGGCCAACCAUUAUUUGGAGAAGGCUCGCAAUAAACGGUUUAUUGCCGAUCUGCAGCAAGACAUCACGGAUGGGGUGUUGCUGGCAGAUGUCAUUGAGGCAGUCACCAAUGAAAAGAUCAAAGACAUUAAGACAAAACCAAAGAAUUCUGCUCAAAUGGUGGAAAAUAUCAAUACGUGUUUGACGUUUUUGGCCAGUCUGGGUGUAAGUGUUGAUGGACUUAGCGCUAAAGAUAUCAAAGAUGGCAACCUCAAGGCAAUUCUAGGUUUGUUCUUCAGCUUGUCGAGGUUCAAACAGCAACAGAAGACACAGCAACAAACGACGAAGCCUCCAGAACAGGCAAAGGAUCCGCCAUCCACACCGCAGCUCUCACAUCCGGGCAUCGCCGUCGUUGACGGAGCCCCAAACUCCGGAGGGAGGACAACACCUCAGGUUAAUGGAGGGGAGAUGCUAUCAAGGCUUCCAUCACCUUUUAAGCAUAGCAACAAGAACCCAGCCUCUAUAAGUAACCUUUCUACCUCUAAAGACAGCUCCAACAGCAACUCAAACCUCAACCAGUCUCGUGGGAAGCCCACACUCCACGGGGCAAACUCCACGUCGAACGAUAAAGUGCGGUCACAUCUGAAUCAACAGAAUAAUAAUAAUAAUUUGCAAGGUUCCAAUUUGGUGAGUCCGAAGAAUAACAAUAACAACUCGGUUUCCCAUCGAGCUACUUCGCCAAGUAGUGCAUCACAAUCUGGUAUUCCUACACCAGGUGGGCGGUCCUUGGGACGACCCACGCCGACUGCAGAGAAGCAGUCCAAUAGGACGAGUGCUAGCUCUACUAGUUCCACUUCUUCAACAAAGAGCAAUCCUUCGAAACCUAGUGGAAAUAACAAGAACUCUAUGUUGGACAAAUUUAAAUUUUUCAAUUCUAAAGAGAAAGAGAAAGGAAAAAGUGGCGUUGUAAAAAGUGCUUCCAAAACUAGUAACACUAGUACGACAAGUACGAGUUCACGGAGUGACACAGAUUCUAAGACAUCAUCAUACAGUGCGCGGAGCUCGAGCUCCACAGAUGCAGGAGCUAGUAGCAGUACAACAAAUGGCUCAAGCAGCCCUAAACUCCCGGCAAAGACCGGGAAAAAGUCCUUGGCUCGUGCAUUUAGCACGAAACGUGAUAAUGCUAAUACUCUAGCCCCUGAUAGUAAUAUAAAUGUAGGCAAACGUAACACACCCUCACCUUCGUCACAAAAUCGGACUCCUUCCCCCAAUCCCUCGGCACGAAAUUCGCCAGUUCCUGUUCGGAAAACAGAGGGUAAGGGUGUUAAGUCAGAAAAGGGGCCUCCCAAGGAGUGUCAGCCCAGCCCACCUACUUCAAAAAAGGGGACAAAAAUUGGCAGCUUAAUUCCAAAGUCUUCAUCCUCCCAAUCAGGAAAGUCCUCAAAGUCAUCAGGGUCAUCACAAAUUCCUGCUCCAAGUUCGGGCAUUCCAAAGUCUGCCUCAGGGAAAUCCUCCAAAUCAAGUAAAGAGGACCGCAAGAAUGGUUCCUCCUCUUCAUCACAACAUAGCAAGUCCCUCUAUGCCAGCCUCCCCGGAAUGAAUGCUCAUAAGACUCUAUCUUCCGGUUCACCAAAGGUCCAGAGUCCAGCAUCCACUCCUGAGGGUUGCUACCCUAGCCUGUCAAGCAUCCCCAUCAGUCAGAUGAGUCUCAGUCAGAUGCAACAGCGGCAACAGCAGAUGGAGAACCUGGACCAGCAACAGCUGCAGCAACAGCAAAUUCUGAUGCAGAGGGAGCACCAUCCAAGGGUGAAUCUUCAGGAACAGCAAAUCCGUCAGGAACAGAUACGACAGGAACAGAUUCGACAGGAGCAUAUACGACAGGAGAACGAGAGAUAUGAUCUCAUGAGGCAGGAACAGAUUAGGAAGAAUGAACAGAGUCGGACAACGGAGCACAGCUCUCCCUGUAUUACAGUUCCAAGAGCAACAGCUCACGUGAUGGCCGAGAUUACCAUACCACCCAAGUCCAGUCAUGGUAGUCAGAUGGGUCAUCUGUCGACCUUCAAGGGCGGGGACAGGUCACCAAGGAGUCAGAUGGUAAGUCCAAGUCCUAGUGGGUCAGUGACCUUGACCCAGACUGUCAAUGUCGUCAAACCCACAUGUGCCAUGGCACCAACCACAAGGUCAGUGACAAAGGCAGAUGGGAAUACGCAAACGAAUUUGUCUGUGUUGCAAAGGACGAUAACGCCAACCAAGUAUCUGACUGAAGCCAUGAAGGAGAACAGUAGUAAUAGCAUCCAUUCUUCAACUUCAUCACAAGUGGGAACUCCUGAGCAGGUGUCGAGUGAUUCUACACCUUCCAGUCAAAGUGGACACUCGUCUUGUGAUAGCAUAGUCAUGAAAUCACCUGCCUCGGAACUCCUAGCCGCACAUGACCGUGCAACUACAAACUCUCCCAAACUUGGAGUGAAAAUGCUGAACUCGCAUCUCGGCAAGCCCGCAAAUAAUAUCGCAGUCGUACAGCCUCGGCAUGGUGAAAAGGUUGAAACAACUUUUGACACUGAAGUGCGAACUGAAACUAUUAAUAAGAAUUCUCUAGGAAAGGAAACUACUUUUUCCGAAAAAGAAACCACAUUUGUUGAUGAUGCUGGUGAGACAAUGGACAUCAAACCAAUGCCACCUAUAAUGCGUGCAUUGCCUUAUGGGUAUUUCCGUGGUUACUCGGGCUACUCAGGACUGUCUUCCAGCCGUAACUUCCACAUCCCAGGGAUUUCAGUGCCCCAGACAACCAUGUACGCAGCAAGUACGCCCAGUAGGCUUGGGGUCAAUCGGCCCCUAUUUGAUCACGGAAAAUACUACUCGGGGCAAAUCAAGAGGACUAAUUCUAACUGUCCCAGUGUGUCGGACACAGACUAUGGAUCUGAUAUCGACACCUACGACUAUGUCUCAGGAUAUAUGUCUGAUGGCGAUAUACUGAAGAGCAACCGAGGAGAAGAAUGGGCGAGUGGGUACCUGAGUGAGGGCGGAGCCUCUCUCUAUGCACGGCGUCUGCAACAGCGUUUCCGCGAAGGGAUGCAGGCAGUUCGGGAGUGUAUGCAGAAGAGUAGUGGACUCGUAGACGAUGACAGCUUUGAUGACAGCAGCUCGAUCAGCAGUGGUGACAUCAGCGACACCAUUGCAGAGAUCAGCACUGACGAGAACCUGACAGGUUCUUCACAAGGGGCACUGUCGGACACAAACCCCUACAGCAGCUUGAAGAGAACCCCUAAGGAUCUCACCCGUGGCUUCUCAAAUGGAGGGGGAACGUCACAAGUGCAAGGCAAGAGGGUUCCGAAUUUGGGAACAAGUGCUUUUAUGGGAAGUGAUUAUAACAGUGAUUCCGGGCAUAUAGGCUGGAGGAAAUACUCUCUGCCCCAGAACAGCAAACUCUUGAGUAGCGACCCCAGUGAUUACGCAUACCCCUACAGCAAUGGGUAUGAUCACAGCCAGUGGCGCCGAACAGACUCAUCGUCCGGGUAUGGUUCGUUGAGGAAAUUAUCCAACGCCAGCCAGCCUGAAUUUGGUUACCGAGGGGAACAUGUAUCGUACGCUGAAAGUGAAAAGGGGACCUGUUCAACGAGUCCUUCAACUAAACGUGACUGUGAAACUAACACGGAUAAUUCGCACUUGCUAGAAACAAGCAUGAAACGAAUGCAGAAUGCAAGGGGAGCUAACUGUGGCUCAGGGGGCAGUAGCAGUAGCUUUGGUUACCGCAGACCGCUAAGUAACGCUAGUAACUCCUCUAUCGGUAGUAACAAGAGCUCGAGUUCUAAAGGCUCAGCAACUGUAGGUAGUCGACUGGCUAAGCAUGGUGUGGAUGCAAACCCCAUGUCAAAAUCAGCCAAUGAAAUGCCGGCAAGUAAUAUUCCCCGGCCCGGAAGUGCGUCUGCUAGAACGAACAUGAAAGACAGUGACUUGGGCCCCGAAGGUUACUGUAGCAACACCCUCGAGAGGGAGAGGAAAAAGAAAAAUGGUAUAAGUGCAAGUAAAUCGACAAGUUCGGCCCAAACCGAACGAGACUUCCAAUCGAAUACGCUUGGACGACGACGGUUGUUCGGCAGCAAAAACAGCCUGAGUAAGACACCUCAAGGUGAAAAUGGCAGUCUCUGCAAUAGCACAAUCAUAUCUAACCCUCAUGCUACAUACAGCAGUAAAUCAGAGUCUUCUUCUCCGUCUCAUGGUGGCAAAAAUACAAGCCAUUACGUUAACCUUCAGCAGCUUCAAGCCGCAGCCGCUCAGCAGAACGCGCUGCAGGCAAACCCCAACUAUAUAGCCUUGGAAUACUCUAGCCCUCGCAACUCCGGUUCUAACGGUACUUGGUUAAAAUCUGCAAAUGGUCACUUAAUGCACGUUUCUGACACGGAAGAAUCUCUGUCUUCUGCCGCUUCCAGUAUUCAAGCACAAAUUCAGCAAGCACGUGCUUUAAGCGGUGCAAGUGCACGUAUUCUCGCACACCAACGUGACUCUGUGCAUGGGGGUGGAGUCGGUGGCGGGGGAGGGGGUGGGGGUGGCCUCCGCCGCUCCAACAGCAUCAAGUCCACCCAGUCUGACUGUGUAUAUUCCAGUAGCACCAAACACUCUGCUUGCGACGAUCUUCCUCGCACCAACUCUUUCUCUCAACUGCCGAGUCCGAGCUCGCAACAACCAUCUUCGCCCACUCCUAGUUCUGCCUCCCAAUCCUCUCGCUUUACAUAUCCCAUGAUGUACUCCCCCAACAUGCUUAGUUCCAACAACGCACAGCACAACAUGGUGCGAUCAAGUACCCAGUCCAGUCUUCCGUACUCGGGGCUUGCUUUGUCCAAAUUGAGCAAACAAGACGAGGAGGGAAGUCGUCUGUCAAAAUCUUCAACUUUGGAUUAUGCAUAUCUGAGUGAUUAUGCAUAUUCAAGCGUCCAUGGCUCCAAUUUGUCUCUUGUGUCUACAUCGUCAUCAGUGUAUUCAUCGGCUGAAGAAAAACAACAAGCAGAGGUUCGCAAAUUGCAACGAGAACUUGUAUCCGCACAGGAUAAAGUGCUUACACUACAAACGCAACUCAACACAAAUAGAGCUGAUACAAUAUUCUACAAAAAUCAGGCCCAUGUGGUGGCAGCCUUUGAGCAGAGCCUGUCGAACAUGACAUCACGUCUCCAGAUGUUAACAUCAACUGCUGAACAAAAGGUGGUGCGGCCUUCUCAGGAAAAUAUUCAGGAUUCUGAGUUGAAUGAGUUGCGACAGACAAUCGAGGCUCUCAAAAGACAAAGUGGGCUCAGUAUUCAGGAAAGCCUCGUCAGUCCAAAUGUUGGGCGUCGACACACCUCACCUGGUAUGGGUCCUAAAGACAUUCAUGGUGAAGGUGGCCGUAUCGUUCGUCAGAUGUCCUCGGACAGCAUGUCUAGCAUCAACAGUUUAUCCAGUGCUUGCAGUGUCGCCAGUCAACAGUCCGCCGCCACUGAUGGUGACAUCGGCAAAAACUCCAAGAAAAAUAAAAAGAAGGGAUGGCUAAGAAGUUCAUUUAGUAAAGCGUUCUCCAGAAAGAAGAACAAGCACGGUUCCAUAUCGGAUGUGGAGCCUGAUACUGCAAGUCUUCGCUCCAACGCUUCCGCACCAAAUUCUCCACUCCUGCAGAUGACGCAUGUUCCUAAUGGUUCUGGAGUCAUGAAGGGUUCACACAGCUCAGGAGCACUGUGUGAAACAGAGGAUCAUGCAUCUGUAAAUGAAUUAAAGAAUCUGUUAAGAGAAAAAGACAUGAAAUUGACAGACAUCCGACUGGAAGCCCUGUCUUCAGCACAUCAGCUGGAACAACUCAGAGAGACAAUGAACAAAAUGAAGAGCGAAAUGGGACAUUUGAAAGCUGACAACGACCGACUUCAGCGCCUAGCUACCUCCUCCCGAACACUCAAUAUAUCCCAGAGUUCCCUCGCUCACACCCGUGCCAGUAACGACUCUCUGGACCGGUCUCUCAGCCUCACCGAUCAGAGUAGUCUAGACAUGCUAUUGGCUGAGACAGCAGCAAAUGACAGAGAGGGGAAACGAGUGACGAUCACAGUAUAUCUGGGCUCGAACCCAGACCCAACCCGGAUGGGCAUUGAGAGGCCAGCAGAGGUGCUGAUUGGGUCACUGUCUGUCAGUGGCAAGACCAAAUGGGACAUCCUUGAUAAUAUUGUCAGGAAAAUAUUUAAGGAAUACGUGUUACGAGUGGAUCCGGUCACCAACCUAGGUCUGAGUGCAGAGAGCGUCUUCUCCUACCAUAUUGGCGACAUCACUCGGACCAAAGAUGCUGAUCUACCUGAGCUCCUGCCUGUGGGAUACCUGGUCGGGGAAACAAUGCAGAUCAGCAUCUGUCUUAAAGGUACAAAGCAGAUCAGUGUGGACUCCCUUGCCUUUGAGUCAAUGAUCCCCAAGACGAUCAUCCAGCGAUACGUCUCCCUCCUCAUUGAACACCGGAGGAUAAUCCUGUGUGGCCCAAGCGGGACAGGGAAAACUUACCUGGCUCAGAAACUGGCUGAGCAUUUGGUGCUGAGAUCUGGACGGGAACUGACCGCUGGAUCAGUGGCUACAUUCAAUGUUGACCACAAGUCUUCGAAGGACCUUCGCCAGUACUUGUCAAAUAUUGCGGAACAGUGUGAGAACACGAACGUGAAUGAACUGCCGACUGUCAUCAUUCUGGAUAACCUGCACCAUGUGGGCUCCUUGGGCGAGGUCUUCAACGGCUUCCUCAGUGUCAAGUACCAGAAAUGCCCCUACAUCAUUGGGACGAUGAACCAGGCAACAAAUGCUGCCACAAACCUCCAGCUUCACCACAACUUCAGGUGGGUAUUGUGUGCCAACCACAUGGAACCGGUGAAGGGGUUCCUGGGGCGUUACCUGCGCCGAAAGCUGGUUGAGGCCGAGGUCAGGACAGGGAUGAGGAACAAUGACCUCAACAAGAUUAUCGACUGGGUGCCAAAGGUGUGGGCCCACAUCAACAAGUUCCUGGAGACGCACAGCUCUUCUGACGUCACCAUUGGUCCACGGCUGUUCCUGUCCUGUCCGAUGGACAUCUCUGGGUCCCAGGUGUGGUUCACGGAUCUGUGGAACUACUCGCUAGUGCCCUACAUGCUGGAGGCCGUCCGGGAGGGACUACAGGUGUAUGGGAAGAGGGCCCCCUGGGAGGAUCCUACAGAUUGGGUGAUAGAGUCCUACCCUUGGAGCGGCGGCAGCAACAACGACAAGGAUAAGUCAUUGCUGCGGAUACGACCAGAAGAUGUUGGCUAUGAUUCCCAGACAGCGCAGGUCUCUGUGAGCGGGAACAAGUCGAAAACAAAGACAGCCGGCAACACUUCAGAAGGGGAUCCAGGGGACCCUCUGGUUAAUAUGUUGAUGAGGCUGCAAGAGGCUGCCAGCUACUCCAGCCCACAGAGUAACGACAGCGACUCCACCAGCCUCGACAGUCACAGCAGUAUACAGGAGUUCUCCAGCUCUAGUGUUGAGUCAACGCUUUGAGUUAUCUCCCUUUGACGAGAAGAUUUCAAGCAAAUACUGUACAGAUUUGGAAUUUCUUGCUUGGAAAGAUGUGUGUGAGACAUUGACUCAGAGUUAUCUCCCCUGAUGACCAUUUAUAUGUGAACCAGCAUUUGUAUAUUGGUGUCUUUACCAUGGAUCAGUUCAAGGGGUACUUGACGGCUUUUGAAUUCAAAGGCUGAAGUUGUGCUUAAAGGAACAUUAUCCUUUAUGACGCAUAGCAAUAUAUAGAAACGCCCUUGGGUUCACCUUCUGCCAAAAGGUAUCAGUUCAUGUGCCAUAAGAAUGUUCAUUUUAAUACCCUUACAUUGAGUUCAUUGUGACAGAUCUGAUUAAUGAACCCUUUAAAUGAACCACAAGAUUCAUUUAGCACUCAGACUUUCAAUAAGAUUGAAAGAAUUACAGCACGUGUGAAACGGAGUUACUUCACAAUCUAGAUCACAUUCUCACUAGAACAACUCUUCAACACCAGGAACUAUGCAAGUUGAGGCACUGAUGCCAAUGUACCGAUUUUAUAACCAUUUUAGAAGUGUCAUGACAACCUUGAGGACGUGUAUGUCAGUUAUAAGUGUUCUUGACAUGCCUGUCUCCUGCUUUUACUGGAUGCUUAUCAUGCAUAGUGUGCAUUGGCUGACGAAGAUGGAUGUCGAAUUGACAUCUUAUGCAUUUUGAUUUGUGCCUUCAAAGAAGAAAGUGCUUAACUGUGUGAACCAACGCUCCAAGAACUCGGAAACGUAACAGUGCUAGUUUAGAGUUUUACGACUUCGUGAAAUUGAUCCGAAAUUCUGUGACAAGACACCAAGUUUUGCUUUAUGCCUGAAAUAUACAAUAGUGGAAUACAGUGCUAUUACUGUCAUGGAUUGUGUCAAGUUUAUUUGACAGUUUGUUGAUAUGGUUGAAUUGAUUCUGCGGAUGGUAUUGUACUAUUGGAAGAAUACCAACUACAUAAUGGGAGGUUCAGUGAUUAGUUCAUGUUGAUUUCAAGAUGACUGAUGCUGACUGCGAAAUAUACAAGAAACAGCUGAUGUAUUUACCUCCUCCUCUUUAUGUUUGCUCAUCCUGAAAUGGACACCCGCACAUGCAUUUUGAUGCAUGUGUAUGAUGAGACUUCCAAAGUGCCAAGCUGAUAAUAAUGAUAAUACCAUGUGUUGCUCUUUGGUGUAUUAUACAGAUGUACAUUGCCUGUAUGUGACAUGUUUUGUAGGCGUAACCCGUUUGUAGCCGUCAUGGUCUGAUUGUAUAAUUUUGUAAUUUGCACAUUAAUUGCGUGAUGACAUUGUGUUUGCUGUGACUAGGGUGUUAUUGUAUGAUUUGACUUCCAUAGCUUGAAACUGACAUACGUACAUUUCAAUCAAUCACUCAUCUCCAAAUCAUUUUUACAAGAAUCUUCUCAUAUCAAAAUGUAUGUCAAUUAAUUUGCUGAGUAAUAAUUUGUAUCUUCGGCAAAAAAUCAAAGUUUAAGUACUCUGUUUGUAAAGAAAUCAAGUUGUAUGUCAAUUUCAAGCAUGGCGCGAGAAGGCUUCAUUCAGGGUUGUGAGAGAAGGCUAGUAGCAGAGUAAGCAGGUUUUCUGAUUUACAAGGCUGUGGCUGAGUGCUAUAGGCAUCCAAAGCUAGAGUUACCUCCCUUUGCUUAAUGCAUGGCGAUCCUUGAAUCAUAUUGAUGUGCCAAAUGUUGAUUUCAUAUCAUUUCACAACCAUUUUAUUAUUUAUUUUUUUAACAGUUUCAUUUUAUUUAGCUUUAGUUGUAAAAUCAAAAGAAAGGUCAAACUUAAAUGAAGAAUUAGUGAAUAUACUCAAAAUAUUUCAAUGAUUUUUAUUUCAGUGAAUUGCUAUGGAAAUAAUUAAGAUUAUCAAAUGAAUCGGAAACAUAUCCCAUUAACUCUGGCAAGUAGUAUUUAUAUUAAAAAGAGGGAUUAUUCCUAUUUUUUAUAGCUGUUCUUUCUAAAACUUCUUAUUUCAUUAAACCUGACCUUUUCUUGUGAUUUUACAACUUGUUAUUUUACGCCCUCUUGUAUUUUCGGCUUCUUAUGGUGAGGAAGCUUAGUCUUGUUUUCGGGCUGCUUGAUGGUUGCUAGCAAUCAACGUCUGUUAUAUUAACAGUGUGCGUCACAUUAACAUCAGGUAUAUAGACAAGUUGCAGGUUUGACAACUAACAUCUUCAAUAAUGCAUGUACUGUUACUGCCAUCGAUGAUAUUAUGGGAUGCAAGAAGUGUCGUCAUCAUCAAUGUACAAUUUUCAAUUAUGGGCAUGACAAUUAAGACCUUACACCCAUUUGUAUACAAGCAUUUCUUAAUAUACAGACACCAAGCAGACUUGAUGAAGGGGGAUAUAAAAUAACCAACUUUAACCAAAAUUUAUAUUGUUGACAUAUUUUUGAUAGAUAUAAAUUGAUUUAGAUAGCUGAUUUACAUUUUGGCACAAGCUAACCAACUAGCUUUAACUAAUCCAGCUUAAUCCUUCACUUAUGUGCAGUGUAUAUUGGGAUUAGAUUAUAUAAGAUAUUUAUUGUUUACAUGUAUUUAUUCUUGUUUUGUACCAUUGUUGAAGAAAUUGUUGCUCCAUUGAACUGAUACUAAGAUAUAUCGAUAUAUAUUCCCUCCAGUGCAGUUGAUAUUGUUGGAAGUGGAAUAAUAUUUUAUUGAUACUAACAAUAAAAUUUGGGGUUUAAAUAUGUUUAGCAUUAACUAAGUAGAUUGAUCUUUUUUAAUUGCAACAGAUUUUUGAAAAAUAUUAUAAAGAUACUUAAUAAAUUAUGGAAUAUUGAACCAUUUUAAUUUUAAUAAGUAAAAAAAAAUUCUGUUUAUUUUAGAAUUUUGAAUGUGUUAUGUUUUAAUAUUUCAACCAGAUUUAACUAUGAGAACAAAUAUACUUAGAUACAGAUUUACUGAUCAUUCAUUUGGAGGAAAUUGUUAUAACAUUAAACGUAAUGAGACAUUGUCCUUGAAUGACAUCAGCUUGUUAUUAUCUCUCACGCAUGUCAGUGUUGUAACCUAUCAUACAAUGUGCAAAGCUUUGCAGUGUCGUCAAUAGCAACAUAAUUUAUAACCAAUGCACAGUGUUACAUGGAUGGAAUCAACAUCCAGGCGUAUAUUUCUAGUCAGACCCUUGUUGUCUAUGUACAGAAUGUAAAUGAUAUCUCAUCUAAGUUAUAUACCGAUCAUCAUGGCGUCGUACGAUGUCACCACACAUGUAAAUACAUUAGGGUCAUCAUGUGUUCAAGCAUGUACAUCUAUUGGUGGAUUCUUGGAUGGCCGAGAGAAACUGCUGGGAGAAAAACUCUUGAAAAUUGUCAUUAGAUGAGAAGUUUUCCUCUUUGAAAACUUUAGAAUUGCGAUGUCUAAUGGUUGAAUAAAGUUUUCUAUUCUAUACAUCA